CAGGCUGUAAUAGCCUGUGUACUCCACAAAGCAUACUAUGGCGCUGAAACCUGGUGGCUAGGACGUACUUGCCCUGGGCCUCGCCAGACUUCAAACCAAGUUGGAGAACACCUCGAGAAACUAACCAAAGCAAUAUUAGUAGGCGCAAGAGCAGUCCUCCCACCCUCUUUGCAUCUGUCCGCCUACGGCGCCUUGAUCCUUAUUACCCACUUUGAAGACGCGCAGAACAGGUUACUAGAAAUAGCCGACAAACCAGCUGAUUUGCCCGCUAUAAACCCUCUCCAAUACGCUCCCUGGCACCCUCGCGAGUCUCGAGCCCCCAUGGGACGCACCAAGGAACAGGCAGCAGCUGACUUCACGUUCCUCUGCUCCUCACUCUCAUACGGACAUGGGAAAGAGGUCUUUGAUGCAGAAGUAGAAGCCGCCCUAGCUGGAGCCCAAGCAGCAAUAAUCUGCCUUAAUAACUUAGAAGUUGCCACGCGCCUUCUAUCUCCCUCUACAGGAUCUUCUCAAGAAGUCUUUGAAUCCUUCUACACCCUUGCAGCUACCUGGCCACUACGUGAAAGGCUUCCACACACCAAAA